CAGACCUGCAACUACACCUCGCUACUGCUACUAUCACCUGUUUGCUUGAACGAGAGCUGCUGUAGAGACACUCAAGGGCUCGAUCAAGAGACACACAAGCUAGAGCCACUGUACCUUGCCGUCUGACAUGGAAUUAGACACAGCAGCAGUGCAUGAUCAGCUGCUUGACCUACAAGAUGCCCUGCGCCUAGUCCAAAGCACAUUGACGCCGCUCAACUUGGCGAGACCUCAUGAAGAAGCCUCACAGAAGAGUUCAAAGCUUGUUCACUACUGCAAAGAGACAGACCUCCCACCUCUAGACAGAGCCAAGCUGCUCGUGGCUAUGGGGUAUGCUGUGGAUUCGCUCUUGUUUUGUGCACUCAAGGUACAAGGGACCAAUACAGAGACACAUAUCAUCAUGCGCGAGUUGGAGCGCAUCAAGCAGUAUGUUGGCAAAAUCAAGGACGCAGCUGCUCGUCAAAAACAUGAGGAAGCUGCUGCUGAUGCCAGUAGUUCAAAAGGAGGAGUGGAUCAAGAGGCAGCUGGGAGGACAGUCAAGCAUGCACUGAGUGGAAAUACAGCCCAUGACAGAGAUCGUGCACUGCGUGUGGCAAGACAGAAUGCCAUGCUCCAGGAGAAGCUCAGGACUGCGGCUGCUAGUGCUAGUGCUACUGCUAGUGCUGGUAGUGGUGAGAGUCAAGAGGUCGAGGCUCUACCUAGUAUCGGCAAGCAUACACGGUUUGCAAACAGCCAGCUAAAUCGACCUGGGCUUGAUGAAGCAACUGUUGAGGACGAAGAGGAAGAGACCUUGGCAAUCCAUGACGAACCUUCUACUGCUACUGGGGAAGAGAGCAAGGAGGAGAGCAGAGUACGGGUGAGGAAGGAGCGGCGGAGUGCAAAGAAGGAGCGGAUACGGCGGCAGAAGGAGAAGAAGCAGGGGAUGUAGUACUCAUACACUAUACUUCUAUUCCACUAGUCUACUAUAUAUUCUCAAU